AUGCACUUCCAAACUAAACAAAGUUCAGUAUUAAAUGCAAUGUGACUAUAUUUAUAGUAACUUAUUGAUUACUUUCACUCCCAUUUGUGUUGUUGUGCCCAUUCUGAAAGGGGAUAGAUAGAUAUCCAUCCAUCCACACCAUCAAUGCAACUCUAAAAUCAUCACCAUGUCAACAACGACCAUAUCUAUGGCUUCUUUUUCUCCUCUUACUAGAAUCUCAACCACUCAUUCUUCACACUCUAAUCUCUUCACUCUCAGACCAAAAAACCUUCCUUUAUUUUCACUCUCUCCUUUGAGAGCAUCUGCUGGAACUUCUGAUUCUGCUGACACUGCUGUUAAACCACCACCACCGGAGAAAAUCUCUGUUGGGACAAAUGGGUCUGCUUCUGCUGUUACUGCUGUUGAGGAAGUUAAGGUUUCUACUGGUUUUGUAGACCCUAGAUGGGUAGCUGGGACAUGGGAUUUGAUGCAGUUUAGGAAAAAUGGUACCACUGAUUGGGAUGCUGUUAUUGAUGCUGAGGCAAGGAGGAGGAAAUGGCUCCAGACUAACCCAGAAUCAUCCAGCAAUGACAAUCCUGUGGUGUUUGACACCUCUAUCGUACCUUGGUGGGCAUGGAUAAAAAGGUUCCAUCUCCCUGAAGCUGAACUACUUAAUGGCCGCGCUGCUAUGAUAGGAUUCUUUAUGACAUAUCUGGUUGAUAGCUUGACAGGAGUAGGUCUAGUUGAUCAAAUGAACAACUUCUUUUGCAAAACUCUUCUGUUUGUAGCAGUGGCGGGAGUACUUCUCAUCCGAAAGAAUGAGGAUGUUGAUACUUUUAAGAAGCUAUUGGAGGAGACUACAUUUUAUGACAAGCAAUGGCAAGCAACUUGGCAGGAUGAGAAUUUAAGCACUCCCAAAAAAGACUAGUGGGACUGUUAUGUAGUUCUCUCCCACCACCUUUUGUUCCUUAAUAUAGUGUGCUCUAUUAUUAAUCUUGCUAGUGCAGAAACAAGACAUGAAUAUUAUUUAGACAUUGUAUUUCAUUUCCUUUUAUGAUCCUAAUGCAGAAUGAUACAGAGUUUUUGUAUGUUCGCAAUGUAGGAUUUUUCUUAAGUGAAUAUGAAAUUGGUUUGAGUAA